GUUUUGCAAUUCAAAGAAAAACGUGAAAUAUUGUAAAAACUUAUCACAUAAAAUAAAUAAGGAAAUACGGUGAUAAUGGCUGAUGAAGCUAUGGAAAAAUUAUCCUUAGGUGAGAUUUACACUUCUGAAAAAAGUGGCAAUGAUGAAACUGGAGAUGGAUCAGCAAAAAAUCCAUUUAAAUCAAUUUUACAAGCAAUGAGGCAAGCAGGAAAGGAACCAUUCCCGGCGAUUUAUGUCGAUGCUAAAGAUGAAAAGUCUGAAAGUCCAUAUGAAGUAGUUGCAAAAUCACAAUUGAAAAAGAUCCAUAAGUUGUGGGUACGAGAAUCUAACAAAUCAGCAGAUAAAUCCAAAAAGGAAGCAGAUGAUGCUCAAAAGAGAGAACAAAAUUUAGAGGAAGCAAAGAAGAUUAAGAUUGCUGAAGAUGCGUCAUGGCAAAAAGCUAAGUUAAUUCGCAUUAAUCGAGGAGUUGAAAAUCGUGGAAUAAGAAUUAAAGUCUUUGGAUGGGUUCAUCGUUUACGAAGACAAGGAAAAGGAUUAAUGUUUGUAACGUUGCGUGAUGGUUAUGGAUUUUUGCAGUGUGUGCUUACUGACUUAUUAUGUCAAACUUAUGAUGCAAUUUUAUUGUCAACUGAAUCAUCCGUUGCAUUCUAUGGAACAUUAGUAGAAAUUCCAGAAGGCAAAACUGCUCCAAAUGGACACGAAUUGAUUGUUGAUUAUUGGGAAUUAGUUGGUUUAGCGCCAGCGGGAGGUGCUGAUAACUUAUUAAAUGAAGAAGCUCAUCCUGAUGUUCAAUUAGACAACAGACACAUGAUGAUUCGUGGUGAAAAUACAUCUAAAAUCUUAAAGAUGCGAGGAGUUGUUAUGCAAGCUUUUCGUGCUCAUUAUUAUGAUCGUGGACAUACGGAAGUAACUCCACCGACAAUGGUUCAAACUCAAGUCGAAGGUGGAUCUACACUCUUUAAAUUUGAUUAUUUUGGUGAGGAAGCCUAUCUUACACAAAGUUCUCAACUCUACCUUGAAACUUGCAUGCCAAGUCUUGGUGAUGUUUACUGUAUCGCACAAAGUUAUCGUGCUGAACAAUCUCGUACUCGACGUCAUUUAGCUGAAUACAGUCAUGUUGAAGCUGAACGAGCAUUUAUAUCAUUUAAUGACUUGCUCGAUUCUUUAGAAGAUUUAGUAUGCGAUGUUGUAGACAGAGUGUUGAAAUCACCUUACGCACACAUUGUUAAGGAAUUGAAUCCAGAUUUUAAGCCACCCAAACGUCCAUUUAAACGUAUGGAUUAUGGAGAAGCAAUUGAAUGGCUCAAAGCUAAUAAUGUAACAAAAGAUGAUGGAACAUUCUAUGAAUUUGGAGAGGAUAUUCCUGAAGCACCCGAGAGAAAAAUGACAGAUACAAUUAAUGAGCCAAUUAUGCUUUGUAGAUUCCCUGCUGGAAUCAAAGCUUUCUAUAUGGCAAGAUGUCCUGAAAAUGAAGAAUUAACCGAAAGUGUUGAUGUCCUUUUGCCAGGCGUUGGAGAGAUUAUUGGUGGAUCUAUGCGUGAGGCUGACAAUGAACGAUUAUUAGCUGCAUAUAAAAAAGAAGGAAUUGAUGCCAAACCUUAUUACUGGUAUACUGAUCAAAGAGUUUAUGGAACAACGCCCCAUGGUGGAUAUGGAUUGGGUCUUGAACGAUUCUUGUGUUGGUUAUUGAACCGCUAUCAUAUUCGAGAAGUCUGCUUAUAUCCAAGAUUCCUUCAGAGAUGUACUCCUUAAACAUGUAUCGCAUUUAAAGUGUCAACAGCACUUCUGAAAAGCAUUUUUUUUUCAUCUUCAAGAUUUUCUGCC